AUGUUGGGUAGAUCUACCAGGGCAGUGUCAGCUUCCACUCACUUGGUGAAGCUGUCAACAGCCACAAGCUGCUCAACUCCCCAGGCACGAUGGAAAGGACUGAGGGACACAUUCACAAGAAAGCACAGAGCUUGGAAGGCUCGAUGUCCGAGCGGCUCAGAGGCAGAUGACUGCAAGGAAAUGCGCUGGCCAUAUUUUCGAUCACUAAUGUUUCUAAAGGAUGAAGCUAAGGUCGGAAGCACAAUAAGCAACACCAAAACAUGUGCAUCUGAAAAGAGCCCUACAUCGUCAAUUGUCCUGGGAACCUACGAUGAAAACGACGACUUGUCGCAGGAGAUGGAAGCACAAUAUGCCGCAUCAGAAUCCAACAACACGUUGCUCCAAGAACCCUCCAGCAUUGUGGUGGAUGAUGGAGUGCAUUUGCAUUCCAGCUCUAUUCCAUUCGAUGUUGUGUCGUGGGUGUCCAGCCAGGAUGCUGCACUGACUGCAAAUUCAUCCAUAUCGCCAUCGAAGAAGCGUGCCUCACCAAAGAAAAAAAGCCUGGUUGAUAUGGAAAUCGAGAAGGUUGACCAACAGAUCAAUACAUGUGACGAUGAGUGCACACUUUUUGGACAGAUCGUGGGUAAAAAAAUUAGCUUGUGUCCUAAACUUAGACGCACUGCACUCAUGAUAGAGCUUUUGCAAACACUGGAGCGAUAUGAAGGUGCGGAGUGAAAAGUCUUUUGUGAAGCUCUUCUCGAAGUGU